UUAUGCUUAAGACGAGGUUGCUGCUGGGCGGCUGUGUUCAGUCGUGGAAGUCGAUGCGGAUGGCCAGCUCCAGGGCGGCGCGCCCGGACCCGCUGGCGAAUAAGGUGGCCCUAGUAACGGCCUCCACCAAUGGGAUUGGUUUUGCCAUCGCCAGGCGUCUGGCCCAGGAUGGGGCCCACGUGGUGGUCAGCAGCCGGAAGCAGCAGAACGUGGACAAGGCAGUGGCGGCGCUGCAGGGGGAGGGGUUGAGUGUGACGGGCACCGUGUGCCACGUGGGGAAGGCAGAAGACCGGGAGCGGCUGGUGGCCACGGCUGUGAAGCUUCAUGGGGGCAUUGACAUCCUGGUCUCCAAUGCUGCGGUCAACCCUUUCUUUGGAAACCUAAUAGAUGUCACUGAGGAGGUGUGGGACAAGAUUUUGGACAUUAAUGUGAAGGCCACAGCCCUGAUAACAAAGGCAGUGGUGCCAGAGAUGGAGAAACGAGGAGGCGGCUCAGUAGUGAUUGUGGCCUCCAUAGGUGCCUACACCCCACUUCCUGGCCUGGGCCCUUACAAUGUUAGUAAAACAGCCUUGCUGGGCCUCACCAAGAGCCUGGCCGUGGAGCUGAACCAAAUGAACAUUAGGGUAAACUGCCUGGCACCCGGAAUCAUCAAGACUAACUUCAGCCAAAUGUUGUGGAUGGACAAGGAAAGAGAGAAGAAUACAAAAGAAUUCUUGCGGGUGAGAAGGAUAGGCCAGCCAGAGGACUGUGCAGGCAUUGUGUCUUUCCUGUGUUCUGAAGAUGCCAGCUACAUCACUGGGGAAACAGUGGUAGUGGCUGGAGGGGCUCUGUCCCACCUCUGAGUACCUGGAGAGAGCCUUCAAGAGCAGAGAUUGGGCUCCAACUUCUGGUCCAGUUCCCUCAUUCAUCGAAUGGCCUUUCCCACCUCUACCUGUCAUACUGCUCACCUCAUACCCUACCCCCACCCCCACCCCAAAUCAAUUCUGCCCUGUGACAAAAUCCAGCCUUCCCUGCUGUCAAAGUUUGGUCUUAUGAGGAUACCCGCUGUUGCUGUAGCCUUGGAUAAAGACCUCCGCUGAGGACACAGGGCAGGCCUGCUGAGAAAGCUGAGUCUACCUUGGCAAAAAGCAACUGAUUAUAUAUAUAUAAAUAUAUAGACAGUCAUUACUGUGACUCUAAGGAAUUU